AUGUUUUAUCCUUUGCGCGAUGUUUGCGUAAAUGAUAAUAGAAUGUCUUUUACAAUUAUUUUCCCACAUCAGUAUCACGUAUUCCGAUGUUCACCAUUCGAAUUACUCUUCACAAAAUCAUUUUCAGAUAUUUCAUUAGGAAGUGUAACAACAUGCCAAGGGAUGAGAUUCAUUGCUGUUUCUGGACUUCCUGCUGAUACUGUUUUUAAUACUAAAUGUGUUCGCGUUUAUGAUCAUGAUAAAAAUGAUCAAAUGAUUUUUGAAACAAAGUUCGAUGAACAUAUACUAAACAUGCGAUUGACACCAGAAUUCUUAGUAUGCGCAUUUCACAAGCAUGUUGAAGUCUGGAACAUUAUAGAAAAGCAGAAAAUUAACGUAUUUCCUGCAGGUGUUAAUGUUCAUGCUCCAAUCGAUAUUUCUCAUGAUUUUUCAGCUCUUGCGAUGUCUGGCGAAGUUCCAGAAGAUGUUGCAAUUUCUCAUUUACAAAAUUUGAAAUUGAAAAACUUUCAUGCCGCAGAUAAUCCUGUUUCAUUAAUUAGAUUUUCACGUACAGAAUCUCUCUUUGCUACAACAAGUUCAGCCGGCCACGCAAUUAAAAUCUGGGAUCAAAAUACAGGAAAUUGUGUGAAUAAAUUCAAGAGAGGUAACACAGCAUCUAUUAUUCACUCAAUAGAUUUCUCUCCAGAUAAUAAUUUUGUUGCUCUUUUCUCUCAAAAUGAUACUUUGCAUUUCUUUGAUAAUUCAAAGCGAAAAAUGACUGGAAAUCCAUCAACAACACGUUCAAUACAUAGAAUCAGCAUUCCUGAUAUGCAAAACGUGGUUUUAUCAUGGUUUGAACAAGAUAAAAUUGCUGUUUUGUCAUUAGACGGAAAAAUGGUUGUUCUAACCAUCGAUGAACAAUGCCAUGAAAUUGCUCGUGAAUCCAUCCAGUUUAUGCAAAGAAUUAUAGAAAUUGUCCCUCAAGAUUCAACAUAA